GAAUCAGAUAUGCAAAUGAACAUUCUUAGCUUUUCUUAUCUUAGCCAUUUUUUAGGUUAAAAUUGUUAUUUAUAGUUAUUUAUGGUUAAUUAAGUUAAUUAAGAUUAUCAACAAAUAAAAUAGUGUUGCAUUUUUAAAACACGUGUUAAAACAAGAACCUUAGUAUAAUAAUGUCCUUUCAAAAAGAGCGAAUAAUCCCAAUACAAGUAGAAGGUCGCGAUGAACCUUCGGAAACCAGUGGAGAUAAAAAGGAACAGCAGAAUUUGAAUAAAUCAAUGGAAGAAUUAUCGGUGGAUAAGGACUUACCAAAAACCGACUCCGUAAAGAGACCAAUUCAGGUUAAAUCUGCCACAUCAAGUUCCAAUGACGAACAAGAAUAUCUAAAAGAGUUUGAUGUAUUAGAAAAGCGAGAAGGCAAUUCUAUUGUUACAGGUUACAGUUUGCCAAACAUAAAUACCCCGGAACGAAUAUUUUUAGUUAUAGACAAAGCACAAGAUGAAAAUUAUAGUCCGUUUUUAGCCAACAACCAAAAAUACACCCCACUCAGUAUGCUUAAAAGAGCUGUAAGCAUAUUUAUUAAGCUAAAACUGAAUAUAAACCCUUUUCAUCAGUUUGGUAUCAUAGCGAUGAAUGAAAGUAACGCUCAGUUACUGUUAUCUCCAACACAUGAUGCAAGAAAAUUGAAUGAUUGCUUAAAUAAAAUUAAAGAAUGUGAAACCGAGGACAUAUUUGAUUUAAAUACAGUAUUCAACAUAAUAAUGGAGGAUGAUAUUCCGCAACAAUUUACUUCAGAAAUUCACCCUUCCCAUGUAUUAAGGGCGAUCAUUUUUUAUGGAAGAUCUUAUACGUUACCGAAGGUGACGAUGACAGAUAAGAUUACCGAGUUACUUAAUAAUCCAUUUUUUACUUGCGAUGUUUUAAUGACACACGAACCUGUUGAAAUAAGCAAUCAUUGUGGUAAAAUAUUUGACGUCCUGCAAAAUUUGGAUAAGAAAGGAACAGCAUACUUUUUUCCUGUAGGCAGAGACUUGAGAAGAAUGCAAAGAUGUACUGGAAAGUUGCUAGCGCACCCAUUGCAAAGACCUAUUCAAAAAUUGAUUAAAAGCUAAAUUUCUUGUUUAAUAAUAAUUUAAUAUUAUAUGAACUUAAUUAUUUAUAUUGUCAAUUUGGAUUGUUUUCCUAAUUUUAAUAAGAAUUAAGAAUAAACCUAAUAAGUUUUUA